GGAAGACCUCAUCGACUCUAUCAGAGUGUGUACGAGCUGGUGAAGGUCGAUCAUGUCUACUCUAUCUCUUACCAUUGGGCUUCUUGCUGCAAUGAUGCUUCUUGGUGGCGUCCAUGCUGCUUCUCUGUCAUUUGCGGAUCGAUGUAGGUUGUCUCCUCAGUUUGCUCAGCUGUUUAGUGCCCGUUGUCAUCCCUACCUUACCAAACAAGACUGCGAAGUGGGAGAGUGGAGUAACUGGGCAUUGACCAAAGACUUCGAAGGAGUUUGCCAACGAAGCAGAGCAAGGAAAAGGACCGUUCUUCCCAGAAACGGAGGACGUCCGUGCCCUAGUUUGAAAGAAAAGAAAAUUAUAGAAUGUGUUAGUGAUGUUGGAAAAGCAAAACAACUGCUGAACAUUCUGAAAUCAGGUUUGGGAGGAUUUGGAUCAUUUAGUCCUGGUUUAGGUGAACCACACUCUAUCGUCAUCAACAAUGUACAUCAAAAUGUGACAACAGCAAACAUGACACCAGCAAUACCAGUUGGACAAAAAGGACAAAGUGGUCUAGCUGGUAUCCAAAAACGUGCUAUAUCUUGUCCUGGUGAUCGUGACAUUAUAAUAAUUGUUGACUCAUCCGGUAGUGUGGACAACUCAGAGUUCACUUCUGCUCUUAAUGAUUUGAGUGAGCUCAUUCCUCUGCUCUGUGGAUAUCAACCUGGUCUAAUAGAAGAGUGCCAAGCCUACAGACUGGCCAUGAUAACCUAUGGAAGCUCACCAACACUCACAUUUGACUUGGAUGACAAUCUUAGCAGACACACAAACCAAUCAAAUGUUCAGAAUGACAUCAAAACAAAACCAUAUUACACAGAUGGAGCGACAGCUACAGGUGAUGCUCUCAAAUUUGCAUGGGAUCGAGUUCUACAGGAAUCUCAUGGAAUGAGACCAAACAGCAAGAAAACCAUUCUUCUGUUGACUGAUGGUCACUACAACCAUGGAACUCAUAAUCCAAUCAAUGUGGCAGAAGACUUGUUCCAAGCUUUCAAUGACCCUUUCAAUAACCAGUUGUCUAUAGUGGCUUUGGGUAUAGGAAAUAAUAUUGACUACAAAGAGCUGAUAGAUAUUACCAAACAUUACAAUCCUGCAAAUCCAUUGGUCUUUCUCACAGAAACCUUUACCAGUUUCCAUGACAUUGUUGAAGAGAUCAAGAGUCUUCUGACUGACGAUCAAGCAACAUGCUCUGCAGAUGUUCUUGUCAAGAAACGCUAGUGACAACUACUAAGGAAAUGACAGUUAAAAUGUUUCUAUGUGUUGUGAAAUAAAAAAAUAGACUUGAGAUUUGAUUACUGUAUUAUGUACAACAGUAUAAAUGUGUUUGUAGUUUUGAUUACAAAAAUAUAGUAAAUUGAAAACAUUUUGACAAA